GUUUGAGCCUUCGGGCAUAGUAAUUCAACACUACUACUACUCUGAACAACCUCAGCAACAAAUUCAUUAAGACUCUCCUUCCUCUCUCUUCUCUCUCAGAUAGCCAAGGCCCCCUCCUCUUCUCAUUCCCCAUCUUCCUGUUUUGAAGCUCUGUUCUUCUUACUCUCUCAUUUCCAAGAUUCAUACUUUCCCCGAUCAUCAUUCACUUCUUCCUUGACUUUUGGUUCUGAAUCUCACUCACUGGGGAAAAAAGGACUCAAUUUUAGUUCCUUUUCCCACAUCUCAGUUCCAAUUUUCCGGGAAACAAAGCCCCUUUCUUUUUCCUUUAACAACCAAUCAUGGAAACAAUGCAAGAAAAUCACCUCCCUUUCGAGUUCACCGACCUCGACAUCCGGUCAUCCGUCUCCAAUCUCAUCUUAUCCGGCGGCACAAACACCUUGGACUCAAUCUUCUCCUAUUUCCCACAAACCACCACAACCGCCGCCCAUGUCUCCGAGCCACUCGGCUCCUCCGUCUACCUCCGCCAGCGUGACCUUCUCCAGAAGUUCAGCGACCAAACCCGCGCAAACGGCGCCGUUUCCCGCCUUCUGAACGAUUCAGUUCAACUCCAAAGCAGCUCCUCUUGCUCCACCACGUACCUGGCCCCAACGAAGAAGAAGCUCUACAGAGGAGUGAGGCAGAGGCAUUGGGGCAAAUGGGUCGCCGAGAUCAGACUCCCCCAGAACAGAAUGAGAGUCUGGCUCGGCACCUAUGACACCGCGGAGGCCGCCGCCUACGCCUACGACCGCGCUGCCUACAAGCUCCGUGGCGAGUACGCGCGCUUGAAUUUCCCCAAUCUCAAGGACCCCACGAAGCUGGGGAUCGCCGACGGCUCCAAGCUCAGCGCCGUGAAGGCAUCCGUCGACGCGAAGAUUCAGGCGAUUUGUCAGAAGGUGAAGCGGGAAAAGGCCAAGAAGAAUAAAGCCAAGAAAAACAGUAGCGGUUCGGUUAAGACCGAACAACAACAAGUGACCAAAGUGGAUUCUUCGACAUCUUCUUCCUCGUCGCAUUUGACUUACUACGACGGUUUGGGGCAGGAGUUGCUGUCUUCCGCCACAGGGUCGGAAGAUGGGUUCUGGAAGUGUGAGAUUGCAUCCACGCCGUCGGUCUCGAACGACGACGGUCCGAUGAGCGUGGCGAUGGCGGAGAUGGAGAUGAUGGAGGACUUGGAAUUUGAAGGGUGUUCACUUGCAAGAAUGCCUUCAUUUGACCCAGAGUUGAUUUGGGAAGUCCUUGCUAAUUAGAAACAGGCUUAGUUUUCUUAAUUUGGGUUUUAGAUUAAUGGUACUGGUGCUCAGUGUAAAUGCUACUGCACAAGAGCUAUGGUCUGCCUUUUUUUUUUUUUUUUGAGAAGAAGCUAUGGUCUUCCUGACAACCAAGGAAUUAAUAUGGUUUUAUCAUGUUUUGGGUCCCCUGUAAUUUCUGCCUUGUUUUUCUACCAGGGCACUUGCCAGUAGUGAUACAAAAUUCCAAGUUAUGAAUAA